AUGAGAGAGUUCAAAGUGUCGUCUAGUCGUACAAAACUCCCCAGACAGCGUAUUGGAGAGACAAGAUGGACAGAAUUGAAGUCGAAAAAGGUUCUUCGAUCCUUACCAUUUCCAAUAUAUUUACACGCGGGAAGACAAAGGCCACCUCCAUCUUGGUGCGUAGAGAGAGAUCUUAUGACUGAGGAAGAUGAUUCCAAACGUCCAAAAAUUCAAAUAGGACCGGCUUCUGCCCCACAAAGACUUUUGCAACGGGACGACAAAUGUUUUGCAUUUUUUUCUCUCCCACCAGAAGUACGCAAUCAGAUUCACAAUUUACUCGCACCUACUCCUCAGUACGUCAUGGUAAAUUAUCAACCCCACGAAUGCCGCUGGCGACAGCAAAAUCACAUCCGCUAUAAGCAAUGGACCAAAGGUGGCAUUUUUUACCAACAGCAAUAUCCUGUCACCCGUCUUUGGCUGGUGAGCCGACAGUUUUACCAUGAAACCAAACACAUCGGUCAGUCAGGCUGGAGUUGCAACACCUUUGCAUUCAAAAAUGACUCUGUUGCGACAAAAUUUGUCUGUCAUGUAUCUUUGCAGCAAGCGAACUCUAUUCAGAACAUCAGCUUUGGGACAAUCGAUUCUACCACAGAAGUUUGUUCGUAUAACUGGAGCAAGCUUUCAGGGCUGAGGCUUAUCACGAUUUGUGAACAUUGGUCUUCCAGGAUGCCCCAUAUUGAGCAGCUGAUAAAAGCAAAUAGAUUGCGGUUUGGGGCCACGUUCGAGCUUGAUCUGAAGUUUAAAUACACGUCCAAGGAGGAUAUGAACCGUAUCUUCCUCCAGAAAUGUGCGCUCAAGUCUACCUACCGCGCUAGGAAUUACCGGCUUAGUGGAGAGGAAAGGAGUUUAUGUUCUAAAGAAGACUGGCGAUGA